GCACUCUCUGUUAUGAUUCCGUGGUCCGGUCACAAAAAGUCCUGCUCAUUUUCGUAUUUGUUUACUGCAUCGGUGGUGUAGUUCGCCAAGCUCACUGUUCCAUCAUUCAUGGACUCUCACAUCGGUUAGUGCCUCAAACGGCAGCCGGUGGUUAAAAUCAAAACAAAAACAAGCUGAACUGCGCUUAGAUUUCGUACGUUUUCAGUGAAACCAAUCAUGCACGGUUUUACGCUGGCAAUUUUUAAGCCACAUUUACUGAAAAAUCCCGUAGCAUAUAGCGCUGCAGAGAAAUUCAUUGACUCCUGUGGUAUCCGGAUAGUGACGAGAAAGCAGUUACAUCUAACCGAAUCGCAAGCUAAGCAGUUCUAUCAGGCUCACGAGGGGAAAUUUUUCUACAAACGGUUGAUUUCGUUGAUGACGAGUGGACCAUUGGAAGUGCUUAUACUGUCCGGUGAGAAUGUUCUUACUCGAUGGCGUGAGCUGAUGGGGCCAACCAAAGUGUUCAAAGCCGUUUAUUCACAUCCGGACUGUGUGAGGAGUUUAUUUGGGUUGUCGGAUACGCGAAACGCAACCCAUGGUUCAGAUUCGGAAUCCUCUUUUCUGACCGAGGCAGCAUUAUUUUUCCCAAACCAAAAGUUCCCGCCUGAUGGUGACCAGUAGAAGUGGCUAACAUGGGCGGUUAUGAACGGCGAUGGCAGUCCAAUUUGCUGGAUUCAAUUGUGACGCCCGGCAUUUCUUUGAUCUUCGAAGUUAGAUACUGUUUGAGCGCUGAUUAGAUUUCACACAUUUAGCGUUAAGUGGAAUAACAAGAUAUAAUUGCUUACUGUUCUGUAGCGAUAUUUGAUAUUGGAGAAAAAAUCCAGUAAGGAUGUGACUUGUGCACGAAAUUCAA